UAGUAGCCAAAUAGCUGGAAUCCUUCACCACCACCACUCACAAUCUUCCCAGCCUCUGUCGUUUGUCAGGAAGUCCCUCCCUAGGUCACACCUAAGGCUGACAGAGGAUUGCUAGACGGCCUCCUAGAACUGGGACUGCUGUGGGAGGUUCUGAUACUGGGCCCGGUGCCACCACCUCUCCCAAGUCCCUGCUUCUCUUAGACAGGUGGGUACAGAGACCAUGGUGGCCUGAGGUCCCCCUCGGUGACUGAGAACAGCCAUGGCUCCCAAGCGCAAGCUCCCUGUGCAGCCUGAGGGCCCUGAGAAGAAAAAGGAGAAGCAGGAGGCAGAGGAGGACAGCUUCCACUCUACUGCUGAGGCCCUCAGGGCCGCACCCACAGAGAAGCGCAUAAUCCGAGUGGACCCCGCAUGUCCACUCAGCCGCAGCCCCGGGACCCAGGUGCAUGAAGACUACGACUGUACCCUGAACCAGACCAACAUCGGGAAGAACAACAACAAGUUCUACAUCAUCCAGCUGCUGGAAGAGGGUGGGCGCUUCGUCGUCUGGAACCGCUGGGGCCGUGUGGGAGAGGUGGGCCAGUCAAAGCUCAGCUCCUACACGUCACUGGAGGAUGCAAAGAAGGACUUUGAGAAGAAAUUUCGGGACAAGACCAAGAACAGCUGGGCAGAGCGAGACCAGUUUGUGGCCCAUCCGGGCAAGUACACACUUAUCGAAGUGCACGGAGAGGGCGAUGCCCAGGAAGCUGUGGUGCAGGUGGACGGAGGCCCAGUGAAGACCACGGUUCAGCAGGUGCGGCCCUGCUCCCUGGACGCAGCCACACAGAAGCUCAUUGCCAACAUCUUCAGCAAGGAUAUGUUCAAUGACGCCAUGGCCCUCAUGAACCUGGAUGUGAAGAAGAUGCCCCUGGGAAAGUUGAGCAAGCAGCAGAUUGCCCGGGGCUUUGAGGCCUUGGAGGCACUGGAGGUGGCCCUGAAAGCCCCCACCGACGGUGGCCGCAGCCUGGAGGAGCUGUCCUCCCACUUCUACACCGUCAUUCCCCACAACUUUGGCCGCAACCGGCCUCCACCCAUCAACUCCUCCGAGCUUCUGCAGGCCAAGAAGGACAUGCUGCUGGUGCUGGCCGAUAUCGAGCUGGCCCAGACCCUGCAGGCAGCCCCCGAGGAGAAGAAGGUGGAGGAGGUGCCACACCCACUGGACCGAAAUUACCAGCUCCUCAAGUGCCAGCUCCAGCUGCUGGACCCAGAGGCGCCCGAAUACGAGGUGAUUCAUACCUAUUUAAAACAGACUGGCAACAACUACAGGUGCCCUACUCUUCAACAUGUUUGGAAAGUGAACCGACAAGGAGAGGGAGAUAGGUUCCAGGCCCACUCCAAGCUGGGUAAUCGGAGGCUACUGUGGCAUGGCACCAACGUGGCUGUGGUGGCCGCCAUCCUUACCAGUGGACUCCGCAUCAUGCCACAUUCCGGUGGUCGUGUUGGCAAAGGCAUCUACUUCGCCUCGGAGAACAGCAAGUCCGCUGGCUAUGUUACUGGCAUGUCCUGCGGGGGCCACCACAUUGGCUACAUGUUCCUGGGUGAGGUGGCACUGGGCAAAGAGCACCACAUCACCACUGACGAGCCCAGCUUGAAGCAGCCACCCCCCGGCUUCGACAGUGUCAUCGCCCGAGGCCACACAGAGCCCGAUCCGACCCAGGACACUGAGCUGGAGCUGGACGGCCGGCAAGUGGCGGUGCCCCAGGGCCGGCCUGUGCCCUGCCCAGAGUUCGGCAACUCCACAUUCUCCCAGAGCGAGUACCUCAUUUACCAGGAGAGCCAGUGCCGCCUGCGGUACCUGCUGGAGGUGCACCUCUGAGCUGCCUGUGUCCCUGUCCACCCCCCACCCGGGGCCCUUCCGGAGGGGGGGUGUCAGACUGUUAUCCCAAAUCCUGCCCAUCUCUGGUGCCCCUAUAUCACCCCUUCUUGCUCCCAGAUCUCCCUGCUGGGUCCCAGACAGUGAUCCCCCCCACUCCAAUGCUUGCCCAACCUGGCACUGCUCUGCCCCACAGUCUUGCCCCUAAGGUGACUGCGUGAUGGAAAGGCAUUAUUACUGGGACACAGAUGCAGCGGCCUCGUCAAGGCUGGGUAGUGAAAGGGGCACAGGCUGAGAGUGGGCGCGAUCCCACGUCCCCUCCCCCAGCCCACCCUGCCCAUCCACCCUGGCCCAGACCAAGGGGUGUGGUCACCAAGGUAGGCUGAACUUGAGGCAUGCACAGGCAAGUUUAUUAAACAUUUCGUCCAUUCA